AUGAAGAAGUUAGACAAGUUAAUUAGUUUAAUUUAAAUUGCUUUAUGGAAAUAUUUUAUAAUCUCAUUCAGAUUAUUUACAAAUUUAGAUUGCUGGCUUUUAAUUAUUGAACUGUCCUUAGGAGUUAGUGGAGUAACUAAAUUUCAUUCAACUUGCUAGGAAUGCGAUGGUACUACAAAAACUGAUUGUUUAUUCUGUUUUGAAUCAUCAAUUUAAAUUUAACUAUUAUAAGUCCAGACGAAGUCAAUAUGUAAAGUUGUAAGUAUGGAUAUUUCGAAUUUGACAAUGCUUGUUUUCGAAGGUAUUUUAGUAUUUUUCUAAAAUUAGUCCAUCUACAAAUAUGGAUAAUGUUGUCACAUGUCUUGAAUGUUUAUAGAAUCUAAGGAAUGGAUGAAUAUGCUUUAUUGACCUCAUUAUAUUCACAUGAUGAUGGAAAUAUAUCUCAAUAUAUAUAUGAGACAGAUUUGUGUUAUAAAUUUGUGGGAAACGACUUAAAUUAUUAUUUAUGUGAGGAUGAAUGUUUACAUUGCUAAUUUUUUGAACACUUUAAUUCCAAUAUCUAAUAAAUAACUAAUCAUCUGAUAAAUAAAUGUUUAUCAUUGCCUAAAUAACUUAUUGUCUACCUCUUUAUUUUCUUAACUUUGAAAAAAUAUGUACUCUAUCCAAUAAAGAAUUUUGUUUAUAAUUUUUUAGUUAUUUUGGUAAUGAUUAAACAAAAACAUCUCUAAAUCAAAAAUUGGUUUCAUAUAUAGUUUUGA